AACCGAUGGCAGGGCUUGAGGGAGGAGUGCUCAGAGGCCCAAGCAGGUUUGGCUGAAGGAGCUACAGAAAGCCAUGAAGACACCAACCGUUUGAUGAGCCUUGAAGAAAGGGAUCAGCCCUUCAAGCAGAGAAGGGAGAAGAGCGUUCCAGGGAGAGAGGACUACUUGACCAAGACACGGAGGCUUGAGAAAGGACGGGGCAUUCAUGCACAGGGGCGCUCAGUGUGCAGGGGGCGUUGGGGUGACUGGUGGGCCGUGAGGUUGGAAAGGCACAAGAAAAGAUUAAGAAGGCCCUUCCACACCAUGCCCUUUGAGCCUUUCAAAGAGAAAAUUGCUCAGGAACUGUGUGGGAGAUGGGAGGAGGUCAUGUAUCUUCUCUGUGGGAAGCCGCUGCACACACUGAGCACAGACAUUAGGGUCAGUCCAAAAGUUUGCAUGACGUAUGCCGCAUGUGUGGGCCACACACAGCCUUCUCUAUGAGCCCGGAGACAGGCCUUCUAGGAGAACAGACUGGUCUGCAGAGGUUCCCAAAAAAGGGCAUAGCCAGGGAGUUGGGGGACUGGAGUUCCAGUCCUGACAGCAGUGCAUGCCAUGGGCAAGCCCCCUCCUUUUUCUAACACUUCUAGUGUGAAUGGGUCUUUGAUGCCCUUCCUAGCUGUAAUGUUGGGGGACUCUGCUAUUCAGAUCAGAUGUAAAUAGACAAGGGCUGUGGUCUUUCUCGAAUUAUCAAGGCCAUUUCUGAUUUUAUCAGUGACAGAAGUCCCGUGAUGAUAACUACAGAUGGGCGGGGAGGGCAGCGGCUUCUCUGUGACCGCUAUGUUCCUUGGGCAGGACACCGAAUAGCCCAGAAUUCCCAAAGGACAGCAGUUCAGAAUGUCUGCCUCUCCCCCUGGACUCCAGGUUUGCAUUUGAGUUCAGAGACCCCCAUGUGCUCCCUAUCUUAAUCCCAACGUCCAGCUCACCUGGAGGCCAAGGGGAAGGGUCAACCGCCUGGCCUCCCACGCACGAUGCGCUCCCACAGUGGAGUCAGACGCACACACCCACAGGCACUCAUGCCCCAUUCACAUCUGUGUGCUUACACACUCUUACAGAGUUAGACACACACUCACGCGCCGUGUCCCUCACAUGCACACACCCACACAAACAGUCUUCUCCCCCAGAAGGAGGCUAAGACCCACAGUGGCUGCUCUGUGGCUUUGGGCAGGGUGGCUUGGCUGCAGAAACAGGACAGGGUGUCCGUCCUCCUCCAACUUUGCAAGUUCACGAGGGAAAGGGGUGAAGCAAUCAGUGAUGCAAGAAAAGCCACCCCACUGACAGACUGCUUUUAGACGUUCUGGGGUUACUUCUGCGAAAUGAAAAGGAGAGAAGGUGGAUGGAGUGAAGUCUGAAUGACCCAACUUCCAGUAGGACUUUCUUGUCGGCUCCUUUACACGGUCCUGCUGCAGCCCUGAGGGGGAGGUAGGGCACCGGCAUCGAUGGUGCCCAGUGAGUGUUUACAAGUGGGGGAACGGGGCACAGACCUGCACCCCAGAAAUUACUCUUCCCCCUUGAGCUGGCACUGCUUCAUGGGGACGCCAGCAGGAUGCCCUGCCCCAUCUGUGCGAAACAAGAUGGAUUCAAACCCCUUUGCACAUCCCGCACCCCGCGAGCUCCUCUGCUCUGAGAUCUCCCCUUGGCUGCCUUGUUAUGAACCCAGACAGGGAGCUAGCAACCCAGACAGGGAGCUCAACUGUUCUCUUGACUUCGACACAAGAUUAUUCAUGCGAGGAUGGUGCACAUGGGGCAAACUUUCCCCGAAGGAUUGACAUGAAGGAGAGAGUUUCCAUCUCAGAGUCAGGGAAAGGACAAAUCGAGAUUCAAACAGCCUUAUGCUUUUAAAACUCAUUGGCCCUCUUUCUGAGUCCUGCUCCCAGCCGAUUGCUGUCCUAACAUCUCCACCUUCCUUCAGACCAGCUCUCGACAAAACACACAGACGUGAUUGAUAGUUCUACACAUCACAGUCUGUGUUUGUGAAAACUUCGCACGUUUUUUUUUUUUUUAACAAGCCCAAUCGCAUUAUGAAUGCUUUACUGCCAGAUUAAAUUAGCACAGCUGGGAUUGAUAAAACUUCUAUUUCCAAGGAGCAACAUCUCUAAUCCUGUUUAUGAUUGCUGGCAAAUACCACCUAACUGACCCCCAGCGUUGGGUCAUAGCUGUGCUGUGUAUUGUUGUCUUAACAAAGAAAACCACCCUUUCUGCCAACUCUUGUAUUUGAUUUUAAUUGACAUCGAUUACUGUCUCUUAGCAAUCUUUUUCCUAAGUGAGACCUUUUGAUUAUUAAGAUUUUUUCUUAUUUUUAUCAGUUAAUGGUAUUGUAAACAUUUACACAUAAUAGAAAGGUAUGAUUUAGAAAGGGAAAUUUCCCCCCGCAAGCCCCAGUUUCAGCACUGACCACUGUUAAGAGUUUACAAUAUCUAUUGUCCAUUUUUUUCUAUGCAUGCACCACAGAAAAAGCACAGAAAUGGAAUCCAAACACUCAGGCAAAUUUUAAAAACCCAGUAGUAACGUAUCUGGGACGUCUUCCCUAUUACUACUUGUCGUUUGUCUUCUUUUAAUGACGGCGUGGGAGGAUGGUGAUAGAUUAGCCCGCUCUCCCAGGAACAGCGUCGGAAUUUGCUUCCAGAGUCUACUGUGUUUUACAUUAUUAGCACUGCAAUUAGCAGCCUUAAAUUUCAGUGCCCCCUGGUGUGGAAAUUAGAGUUCACAUCAGAAUCAAAACGAUUAUGUCCCAGAUCAUGACAGCCAGCUCCUUUGCAAAAACAAUCGUAAACUUUAUUGGUACCUUCCAGGAUCCAGAUACCGUGCAAGACACGGGGACUGGGGAUGGGGAAGAGAGAGAACAUAAACCCAAAGUCUCUGCCGUUCAGGACAGAGUGUCCUAGUAAGGGAGACAGAGAGACUGGUAAUGGUGACAAAAUACCAGUGUAACACUCAGCUUCCUAUAAGGGCAUGGAGAAAUGGGAGGAAGCAGUUCUGUUUGGAAAGGGAAUAAGGUGAUCAGUAGGCAGGCUGGGCUCAGAGAAGGGUCUCCAGGUGGAAGGAGGGACGUGAGCAGUGACAUAGCCCCUGGGAGGGCACAUCAGGGUCAGAGGAAGAGAAAAGCGGGGGUGGGUUAUAGGGUCCAAUGGAAGGCAGGGAGGAGCAAGACAUGGUGCUGGACAGAGAACUUGGAUCUAGAAGGAAAAAAAAAAAGUUGAAUGCCCAAUGAGAGCAUUUUAAAUCAUUCUGAGGCAGUGGGGAGCAGCUGCAGAAGAGAUCGUGAAACCCUGCAGCCGAGGACCAGGUGGGAACAAUUCCAGCACGUAACUCCAGCAGUGACACGCAGACGUUGGAGAAGGGACUACAACAGGGGCUGGAGAAGCUUCUCUGGCUGCCACGGCCCUGAUCCAGGCACCAGAUGAGCUCCUGACCUGGUGACAGGCUCUCACUGAUGGGGCAACCCCCGAAAGAGUAUCUGUGGAUGACACAUACCCACGUCUUACAACAACCUGCAAAACAGAGGGAGCGUAGCCAUUUUGCAAAUAGACCCAGGGAGGCGAAGUGGCUUCCCCAAGAUUUCCCAAGUAGUGUGUGGUACACGUGCCUUCUUGUGUCCAAAUUUGCUCUCUUUCUGCUGCGCCAUGCUGUCAUCACGAAUCGUGACAGUAGGGGAGGGAAGAAGGAAAUCCUUUUGAGAAGCAGUUUUGAGGCAGAGUGGACUAAAUGGCCAACCAAUCAGUUGUAGAGGAGAAGGGAAGGACGGGAUCGGUGGAGUUGCCAAGUUCGCUGUCAGACACGCUAGGACGCUGUUGGUUCGGAGAGAGUACAGUCAGUGCCGCUGAUGGAAUACUAUGUUUAUUUCCAAUGGCUGCUGUAACAAAUGCCCACAAGCUCAGUGGCUUGAAACGACAAAAUUUAUUAUCUCACAGCUCUGGAAGUCAGAAGUCCAAAAUGGUCUUUACCGGCUAAAAGCAAAGCGUUGGCAAGGUUGUAUUCCCUCUGGAGGCUCUAGGGAAGAAUCCGCUUUCUCACCUUGUUCAGCUUCCAGAGGCUGCCCAACUCCUUGGCUCCUGGUCCCUUUAUCUACCUUCAAAGCCAACGGCAUAGCAUCUUCCAAUCUCCCUCUGACUCUGACACUAACUCUUUUUCGUCUUAUACGAACCCUUCUGAUGACAUCAGACCCAACGAAAUAAUCCAGGAUUAUUACCCCACCUCGCACAUCCUUGGGAUUACGACAUCAACAUCUUUGGGAGGCAUAAUCCUACUGAGCACAAAUGCAAACCUCAAGUGAACUAAGAGAGCAUCAGGAAGAAGGCUGUUUCUCCCUCCAAGGCCCAGAGUCUGUGAGGGGCCUAGUGGGGGGCUCCGUGACCAUGCAGUGUUAUUAUACACCAGGAUGGAAGGCUUACGAGAAGUGGUGGUGUCGCGGAGCAGAGUGGAACUCAUGCCAGAUCCUCGUUCAAACCAAUGGAUCAGAGCAAGAAGUGAAGGGAGACCGUGUGUCCAUCAGGGACAAUCAGAGACACGGCUUACUCACGGUGACCAUGGAGGAGGUCAGGCGAGAUGACACAGACACUUACUGGUGUGGGAUUAGCAGAAAUGGACCUGACCUUGGAGCGUCUGUCAAAGUGACUAUUGACCCAGCGGACAGGGUUCUGAGCACCCCGGCGAGCCCGCGUUCUACAACAACUACCAGCGGCCGUGCCGGGGCGUCCUCCGACUCCUACAUCAGGGACCACUACAUUCUCCUGGCGUUCCUGAAGGUGCCCGUCUUGCUCGUGUUGGUCGGUGCCGUCCUUUGCUUGAAGGGGUCUCAGCAGAGACCGUCCAUCUCUAUGAACUUGCCCUCUGAUCUCCAUAGAGACACAGCCCCUUAGAUGGACGAGCAGAACCUUCCUCCCCCGGACCCCAUUUCCAGAGGAGACACAGGCUGUGGCAGAAAUGCCUCUGGGUCCUCGGGAGGCAGUGACUGAGGCUGGGGGUGCUGAGGGGCUGGCCGGGCACCCUCCCUGCUCUGCACAGCUCAGGGAUGCAACUUGGGGCCCCUCUUGAGGUGUCAUGGCCUCCUGGACUUGUUCCCACUCCUUCGGGUAGCAAAUGCCCACCCUACCCAACGUGGGGCUGAGGCUCAUGGUCGGAGCUGUUGGGAUGGGACCCAAACCGUGUCCUCUCUGCGGGAAGAAGUCGGGGCACAGAGCCAGCGACCAAAGCACAGAGAGAAGCAAUGGGGAUGCAGACAGAGACAGAGAUGAAGCCCUGCCCACGCCCUGGUCUCCUUCAUGCCCGAGACCAGCUCAGGCCCCUCCAUGUCCAAGCUUCUGAUAUAUAAGGGUUUUUUCUUGAGUUUCUGAGUUGGGCCUCAGAAACUACCUCAAGGCUGGGGAGAGCAGUCAGGAAAACUGUCUGAGGGAAAUGGAUUUUGCAUUUCCUACAUGAUGAUAUUUUAAUAAUCUUAAUAGUUAAUUUGUUUAAAUAAUCUUAAUAAUUAAAAAUGUCUGUGAUAAACAA